AUGGCACGACCACCCAAUCCAAUCGAUGAGCACCGCGACUAUGUCAGUUUGCUGUACCUCAAUGGCGUCUCGCGAAACCAGAUCCAGUAUAAGCUUCGGAAGCAUUACCAUAUCGCUGUUAACCUCAGCACAAUCUCCCGUCGGAUAGCCAGCUGGGAACUUCCACGUCAGCAAUCACGCACCAUUGAGACACCAGAGCUUAUAGAGGCUAUCCGCGACCUGAUCCUCCGCAUUGGGCUUAGCGAGAGGCAGACCUUGAGUGUCUUGCAGAGGCAAGGCUGGCCCAUCACCAAAAGAGGACUCAAACGUAUCAGACUCCACCCGGACCGCCGCUGGAUACGUCGUAUCAAUAGCGAUGAAGAACGGCUUGCUUUGCUGAAGAAGACGGAACAGGUUAUUGUUGAGAUGACGCAACGGUCUAAUGUCAUUGCAGGAUAUGGAAGACGUUUUCUGCAGCCCUAUCUGCGCCAGCAACAGCAACUCUGGGUACCAAGAGAUCCCCUCUUUGAGAUGUAUAAAAUCAUGUUCCCGAGCGAGGUUGAGAUGCGCAAACGGAUGAUGCGCAGGAAGAAGGGACAGUUUCUAGUCCCCGGACCAAACUACCAGUGGUGUAUUGACGGCCACGACAAGCUGAAGGCGUAUGGCUUCCAGAUAUACGCUGCGAUCGAUGCCUACUCACGCAACAUUAUCUGGUUCUAUGUCGGGCCUUCUGCUGCGACCGCCUUGAGCGUGCUGAAACAGUAUCUGGCUGCGUGCGACGCCUACGGCUUCCGCCCGUGGUAUCUGCAGGCAGAUAGGGGUAGCGAAACGCCCUUGGUCGCGGCAGCCCAUUGGAACUUCGCUUUGGCCGCUGGCGGAUGCGUGGAAUGGAAUGGCCAGGUCUUCCAACAGGGCAAGCGAUUGAAGGAUUCCUACAAGGCAGCACCGAGCACGAAGAACGUCAGGAUUGAGAGUUGGUGGGAGCGUAUGCUUCACGUCUCUUCCCGGCAGUGGGUAGACUACUUUGGAGAGCUUGCUAGGGAUGGGGACUUUGACGGCGAUAUGCUUGAGGACCAGAUUGCUCUCUACGCUGUCUUCGAAGAUGUACUGCGUCAAGAGCUCUUCGAUUUCGUGGAGGCGUGGAAUCUACACAAAAUACGCCUCCAGAAGAACCGGCCCCAUGUUGUCCACGGCCAACCCUGGAUGAAUUACCAUUACCCUGACCCAAGCAAGGCUUGCAAUUGGGGAAUCUCCAUCGAUCGCACAGUUCUAGGUGAAUUGGUACGGCCAUUGGCUAACAUCGAUAUCAGUACAUGUCUUGAACCGGAGACGAAGGACUGGUGCCGCGAAGUUCUUAGGGAAAUGGGUUACAAUAAAGUGGUUCUUGGCAAUUACCAGGAGCCUGAUAAGUUGCGCCCAUUUAAGCGCUUCUACCUUGGCCUUCGAGACAGGAUCAUUCGGCACAUCGAAAGUGGUCAACAGCCUCUGCUAGCCUACCGUAGAGCCCCAACUGGAGGAGUUGCCGAAUAUGAAGCAUUACUUGCACGAGCAAAUCAAGCCCAGCAAGACGAACUUGGAGAUAUGGAACCGGCAGAACAGCCGCUUAUUGAACUUGGUGUUGAAGAUGAAGAUGGAAAUGACAUUGAGGGAAUAAGUAAUGACGAGGAGGAGGAGGGCACGUCUGAUGGGGAGCCCGAAUAG